AUGGGUAAUUGCAUGGAGAGAUGGAGGCAAAGAGAAGGAGAAGAAGAAAAGAUAGAUGUAAGAGAAAGGGCACAAGGAUCCUUUAAACCUGAUGGUGCUGAUGAUGGUAAUGGUGGAAUGAAGGUGAAGAUAGUGCUUACAAGACACGAAUUGGAUUUGUUUUUGCUUCAGAUGAAUAGAAGUCAUGGUGAAAACUUAAUGAUGUCCAAAGAUGUUAUGUUAGAGCUGGAAAAGAGGAUCAGAAGAACAUCACCAUCAUUGUUAUCAUCAUCACCAUCAUCGAUGGCAUGGGAACCAUCUUUAGAGAGCAUUGUGGAGUGUCCAGAAGUUCAAGAGAUGGAUAGAUGA